AUGCUGUCCCCUUCGCCCCCGCAUCUCCUGGCCGUCGCCAUCGCCCUCAGUCUCCUGACAACAUUUCUGCCUGGUCCGUCUUUGGCGGAGCAAGACCAAAUCGCCAUCCACCACCACCGCCAACAGCAACGUUUGUUGAAAGGCCCGAUCAAGGAGAUUCCUCAGCUCGGUUUGGGGCUGUGGAAUUCAAAGGAUGAAGAUGCUACGAAGGCCGUCGAAUAUGCUUUCAAGGCGGGAUACAGACAUCUCGACUCAGCCGCUGCGUAUGGCAAUGAAGACUUCGUCGGCCGCACUCUCAACAGCUCUGCCUCGCCGCGGCGCGAAAAGUACUGGAUAACGUCCAAGCUGUGGAACACAGCGCACCGGCCCAAACUGGUGCGGCCGGCGCUGGAAAAGACGCUCAGCGACCUCCAAGUCCCCUACCUGGACCUGUACUUGAUGCAUUGGCCCGUGGCGUUCCUGCCGAACCAGGAUCCCGGCCGCACGGUCGUGGACCAGGACACCAGCAUCCACGACACAUGGGCCGCCAUGGAGGAGCUCGUCCGCGCCAACCUGACGCGACACAUCGGGGUGUCCAACUUCUCGCCGCGCCAGCUAGAUGACUUGCUCGCAAAGUGCAAGAUCCGGCCGGCCGCGCACGAGUUCGAGACACACCCGUACCUGCAGCAGCAGGAGUUUGUUGACUGGCACCUGAAGAACAACAUCACCGUCAUCGCGUACUCGCCCCUCGCCAACAUGAAUCCCACCUACAACGGCAAAUACCCAGACCUGCCCCCCAUCCUCGAGGACCCCUUCUGGACCGACCUCGCUUCCAAAAAGAACGUCACCCCCGCGCAAGCAAUCCUCGCCUGGGGUAGACAGAGGGGGACAAUUGUGAUACCCAAGAGCGUGCAUCAGGAUCGGAUCGUGGAGAACCUGGGGUCGAUGAACGUGACUUUCACCGACAAAGAGAUGACGAUGACUACCGAGCAGGAUAAGAGGUCGAGGUUCAACAACCCGAGUAAGAGUUGGGGAGUGGAACUCUUUGAGGGUUUGGAUGAUGGGAGUAGCCGGUUCGUUGUGGAAGAGGAACUAUAA